UUAGUAAAUCGGCAAAAAUCUCAAAUGACAUCACGCCAGCGUUAUUCACUUCGCCCUUUAGUAAAUUUGCCCCUUGGAGAGGACAAUGCCCGAGGAUGACUUCAUUUUAUUACUGGAGAUAUCAAUAAGGUGUAUUUUAUGCAAGCAAAGUAAAAAGCUCCCCCCUUCUGCUGCAGAACCUCUUGGAUUGUAGAGCAAUGAACAUUUCAGCCUUAGGUUUAAAGUUCCAAAAAAGAGCUGGAAUAAGUUCAUGCGAAUCCCUGUAGGAGCUGCUGCAGAUGUGUCUCUAUCUUUUUGGCCAGUGAGAGACUCCCAUUGCCUGUAGGAGAAUAGGAGAAAGCUGCUGCUCUGGCCACAUCAGUAACCUGCUCCUUGCGUAGGGCAUUGCUUUUACAGCAGGAGCGCCGCGCUUUCCCUGUGACAGGUCUGUCUCUCCCCCUAGUGACAUGUAGCUCUGUAGAAGCCCCAGGUCUGUCUCUGCCUAUUCCCAGGUGAGGAGUCUCUCUUGUGUGAGAAGAACUUGAGGAGGAAAGGGAGGGCGUGAGACUGUCAUUGUAAGGCUUUCUCCUCCGUGCUACUCCCCUGGCUGUGUGAGAGCAGCAGCAGCAGUUCGUUCUCUGCCCAUAGGUAACACAAUGAUCAUCCAGCAGCACCAUUUGCACAUGCAGCAACAGCAGCGGCAGCAGCAGAAGCCAUCGCAGCAGGACUAGGAGCAGGGAGCGAUGCUGUUCUCGUGUUGGGAUUGACUUGGAACCCUACGGAUCGCUUCGCGCUCUCUCUUCCUCCCCCAUUCGCAUCGCCAACCCCGGGAAGCGGCGGCAGCAGCAGCAGUAGGAGAGUCAUGAAUCCGGACUUCAGGAGCUGGGUGCUGGCCACUGUCACCUUGUUGGUGGUUUUCCUGAUCCUGGCGGAUAUCUCUGAGCUGGAGGAGGAGAUCGGGAGCACUGGAGGGAGCGGCACAAUCAGAUCAGCUGUGGGAAACGUACAUAUCAAAUCUAAUAGAGUUGAACUGAUACAUAAUGACUCGUCUGCUUCAGGUUCUGCAGGCAGAAGUAAUGAAAGCAUUAAGUACAGAACCAAACCAGUCCCAUAUAUAUGGAGACACAACCAGACACUUGCAUUAAAAAUCAGAAAACAAAUACUGCACUUUCUAGAUGCAGAAAGGGACAUUUCGGUUUUGAAGGGGACCCUGAAGCCAGGGGACAUCAUUCAUUAUGUAUUCGAUCGAGACAGCACUAUGAAUAUAUCGAAAAACCUGUACGAGCUUUUACCAAGAACUUCUCCUUUGAAGAAUAAACACUUUAAGACGUGUGCCAUCGUUGGAAACUCUGGAAUUCUUCUCAACAGCGGCUGUGGGAAAGAGAUUGACUCACAUGACUUUGUUAUAAGAUGUAAUUUGGCACCUGUUGAAGAGUUUGCCAAAGAUGUUGGCACGAAGACCAAUCUAGUAACCAUGAACCCUUCAGUCGUGCAACGUGCCUUUGAGGACCUUGUCAAUGAUACAUGGAAGGAUAAAUUCUUGCAGCGUUUGAAAAGCUUGAAUGAAAGCAUCUUGUGGAUCCCCGCAUUUAUGGCCAAGGGCGGAGAGGAAAGAGUAGAGUGGGUGAAUGACCUGAUCAUCAAGCAUCAAAUUAACGUGCACACAGCCUAUCCUUCUCUACGCCUCCUACAUGCAGUUAGAGGGUACUGGCUGACUAAUAAAGUGCAUAUAAAAAGACCAACAACUGGCAUCUUAAUGUACACUCUGGCGACCCGCUUCUGCAACAGGAUCUACUUGUAUGGGUUUUGGCCGUUCCCCCGAGAUCUCCACCAGAACCCUGUAAAAUAUCAUUACUAUGACAGUCUUAAAUACGGAUACACAUCUCAAGCAGGUCCACAUGCAAUGCCCUUGGAAUUUAAAGCACUUAAAAAUCUUCAUCUUCAGGGGGCUUUAAAACUUAAUGUUGGCGAAUGUGGAGCCGCAACAUAGCACUUUACUCAACGCAUUUCCUGCAACACAAAGAACCAGUCGGACAACUAUAGGAGGAAAAUAGUAACACAGUUAUUGUCCACAUGUAAAAGCGUUAUGAUGACGGAAUUGCAGAUCCAAAGUAAGAAAACAAAGGCCUUGUCAUGGAAAUGCUACAACUGGUAAACUUCAGUGAA